AUGGGAGAGAUCUCUUCACUCAUCGUCCUCAAGGGCGAGUCCAACGUUGACAACUGGAAUCGCGCGUUGCGCUGUGAGCUCAACUGCGCCGACAUCCUCGAGUAUGUCACUACCGACGUUGCUGAGCCGGACAAGGCCACCAAGCCAGACGAACACAAGAUCUGGCGUAUCAACAGAGCCAAGGCUAUGAAGAUUAUUCAAGCCACCCUCAAAGAUGACAAGGUCACCACUACCCUCAGUAUCAACGGCUGGGACCAGGACAGCACCGACCCCAAGUAUCUCUACGAUCUCAUCCGCAAGACCGUUGGCAAGGUUACCAACGAAGCUCGUGCCGACAUCCUCGAGGAGUACACCACUCUCCGUCGCGGCAACUUUGACUCCAUGGCCUCCUUUCUUGUUCACUAUGACCUUCUGCGCAAGCGCGUUGCCGAGUGCGGCCUCAAGAUUGAUGACAAGGUUGAAGUUCUCAACCUCUACAACAUGGUCAAGCGCCAGUACACUGUUGACGCUAAGUUCUGGGCCGCGGAGAUGGCCAAAGACAAGCUCACUACCCUUCAGCUGCUUGCUCAUCUGUCUACCCUUGGCAACACUGAGGCUCGCAUGCCUAAUCUAACCGUUCAAGUCCAGAAGUCUUCUACCAAGUCUGACGAUAAAAAGGACACCAACAAGACCUCUUCGUCUAACAAUAACAGCAACAAGGACCGUAAGGGCCACAAGCAGAUCACCUGCACCGACUGCGGUCAGUCUAUGCGAAACGAUUUCAAGCACUUCGCAUGCGGUCACCACCGUAACCCUCGUACGGCUGACUGUUGGUGGUGUGAUCCCGACAAGGCUCCCGCCAACUGGAGCAAGAAGAAGGAGGCUACUGAGAAGAAGGCUAACUCCAACACUGGCACAACCGCGGCCACUGGAACUACCAAUACCGCUCUGGCCGCUCCUGGUGCCACUGGCUCAGCUCUACUCUUUGGCAACUUUGGCUUUGGAGGCCAUACUUUUGCCCACUUCAAGAAGGAUUUGCAUUAG